GCGGGACUUUGCGCAGAAAUCUAUCCCGAAAAAUCCUGUCACGCAAAAGUUUUUAGAAAUGCGUAAUCUACAGGCUAAUAUGUAAUCAAGCAAAAACAACCAAGAGAAUUGAUAAGGAAUUGAUGAAAAUAAAUUUUUAACUAAAUGAUAAUACUCUAAUAGCCCUAAAUUAAACACAACGCCAAAUUAAUAAAUUGGUGCCUAUUUCAAAUUUAACAAUUUUCUUAUUUUUUGUAGAGUUUUUUGAAAUUCUUCGGGCUAGCCCCUUAAUUUUUUUCAGAAAUUUUAUUUAUUUUAUCUUUCAGAGAAUGAGUGUUGUCGGUCCACUACUUAAAAAAUUUCCAAUUGAAGCUCGUCAACAUGAAGCUAUAAAUAAAAUGAAGUUGAAAAAAUCUCCAAAUGCGCGUGUAUUUUCGUUUGAGGAUAUUCAUUUUAAGCCAGGCUGUCGCAAAUUUAUUGCAACAGAACUUCGCGACUUUUAUCUUUGGUAUCGUGAAUGUGCACCUGAGAUGCGUCAUUUUUACGAACUUGUUUUGGAAGACUACCCUUGUCGACUAUAUUUUGACCUGGAAUUUCCUUAUGAUGUUAAUAAAGAAGCUUGUGGGCCUAAAUUGACUGAAGAAUUCUGCAAAGUUGUUUGCCGUUCAUUGCAUUCACUUUUAAAUAUUGACUUGGACCCAAUCAAAAAUUUCCUCAUUUUGGACUCUUCAAGCACUUCAAAGUUCAGUGCCCAUGUUAUUGUGCAUGUUAAGGAAGGAGAAAAUGAAAAACUUUUUCCGAAUAAUGUGGCUUUGAAGACUAUUGUUAUGUUUAUUUGCAGUAAUUUAUUAAAAUCGGAUUGCUGUAUUCUCAACGGACCAAAAGACAGCCCAAUUUUUCUUUGUGACAUUUGUGUUUAUACAAAGAACCGCAAUUUUCGGAUUUUCCAAUCCAGCAAAUGUGGGAAGGAUGCAAUUUUACGAUUAGCGGAUUAUUGUCGUUUUUAUGAAGAAAAUGGCCAACAAUCGCCAAAAAAUGCAAAAAUUUUUCUUGACUCGCUUGUAAUUCCAUUUGGCUACGACAAACUCGAAUUGGUCAAUUUGAGCUCAUUACCAGCCGUUUGUGCACUUAAUGCAACAGUUGAGGCGUUAAGAAGAAGACAUUCUAUGGGAAAGGAGGGAGCAAUUGAACCUUUUAUUAAUGUUGAAAAUUUGGAUGUGGAGAGGGUGGAGGAAGAAGAAAAUGAACAGAAUGUGCAACAACCAUCUACUAGUUUUGCUAGGCCUAGAGUUGCUCAUAGAUUGCUUACACACAGUGGUCUUCCAUCAUCUUCUGAUAAAUUUUAUUCAAAAGUCGUUGAAUUAACUGGUGGUCGUGAUAACGUUCCUUCUCCAUUUCCUUUUAUAGAUGCUUAUAUGCUUCGAGUUUUUCGACGAUUUAAUUCAAGAGCUGAAAUUAGAAUGUGGCGUGUUAUUUGUGUUUAUGUUGACAAUUCUAAAGACGAGAAUAAUCGUGACCCAGCUUCAAAAAAUACUCUUACUGACCCACCCGAACGUCAUUACAAUCUUCAAUACCAGCUUAAUCAUUCAAAAUAUUGUAUGAGCCGUGGAAGAGAACAUCGAAAUCAAAAUGUUUAUUGGGUUAUCGACCUGACAUCUUUUUAUUUUGUCCAGCGCUGUUUUGACAAAAUUGAUUGCCCUAAUUAUGUUUCCCCAGCAUUUGCUUUUCCUAGAGAAAUUUGCAAGAGAUUACAUGCUAGUAUUGGUCCAGUUUUUACAAAAUUGGGAAUUUCUUCAAAAGACUAUACACUUCCAGAUUUAGAUGAUUUAUUGGAAAAACGAUAUCCUGCUGUUUCUGAUUCUUUUAAUAAAUCUAUUGAAUGGAGGUUAUUUUUUUUGUAAAAAUUUAGGCUAAGAAGCUAGACCGUAGGACAAAAAAUUGACUUUUUUUGCCCAAUCCCCUCCCCAAAAUUUUUUCCCAUUUUGAGGGAUGGGGGUUUUAUUUUAAAAUAUUUUUGUUAACCUCCUGAAAAAUUUCUUUUUUUUCUUGGGUCAUUGUUUUUUUGAGACCGUGCUGAACCUUGGAUUUCUCUUGAGUUCCGGUCCAGGCAUCUUUUGGAUUUUCUCCUCGACUACAAGUCCAUAAUCUUCU